AUGAGCAUUGACGAAUGUGAGAGGAGCGGGCGGCUGAUUGAAGAGGCAGCCGAGCAGCACAGCUUCCUGCCUGACCACAACUCCCAAUACCUGGAUGCCAAGUACUGGGAUGAGCGAUUCCAGAAGGAAGAGGAGUAUGAGUGGUUCAAGGGCUACAAGGAGUUUAGUCACCUGUUGAAGCCGCACCUGGAAGCUUCCUCCAGGAUCCUGGUGCUGGGCUGCGGCAACUCCUCCCUCACUGCAGAUCUCUUUUGCGAUGGUUUCCAGAGCCUCACCAGCGUCGACCUGUCACCGGCUGUCAUCGAGCGCAUGCGGCAGCGCGCGGCCGACAAGGGCAUGGGGGCAAUUGAGUGGAGAGUGGCAGACAUGCUGGACCUGCCAUUUGCAGACGGCAGCUUUGAUGCGGUCAUUGAGAAGGGCACCAUGGACGUGCUGUUUGUCGAUAAUGACUCACCCUGGUCUCCCCGCCCGGAGGUCUGUGCGCGCGUGCACCGCAUGCUGGCAGAAACCCACAGGGUGCUUGCCAAGGAUGGCGUGUUCCUGUCGGUGACCUUUGCGCAGCCGCACUUCCGGCGGCCCUUCCUGCAGGCUCCACAGUAUGACUGGGGCAGAGAUGUUGCCACAUUUGGCGAAGGGUUCCAUUAUUUCGUGUACGGCAUGCGGAAGGGCAAGCGCGCAGCGGAUGAUGCUGCGGCGGCUGAUCAGGGGAUGAAUGGGAGUAGUGACAGGGUCACGUUGAAAGAGAGCCCCAUGCAUGAACACAUGGAGCAGGAUGACUACCUGCUGCGGAUGAGCAUAUGA